GACGUCAAAAUUACCGUAUUUUGUCUGUUUUGGCGCGCCUUUAACUCGCAGCCGUUUUCAUCAGUUUCUGUCGCAGCCGUUCCAUGAAUGCAGCCUCCUUUCGCAUACUAGAUUUAAAAUAUUUCUUUGUGUUGGAAUAAAAGACAUUUUACUAGGCUGAACGGAUAAGAUAACAGCGCUCGGUGGGCAGAGGCGGUACAACACGUUGAUUGAUCCUAGAUCAAUUCUUCCACCAUAUUUGGUUAAUGAUUUCAUCAUUCCCAUCCUUUUUAUUUUUGAAUGAUCGAUCCUGCCGUCUUCAAGUCUCCAUUCUAUUCAAGGGUGUACUUUAUGGGUUGUCUUGUCGGUAGCAAUAAGCGUACCUCUAUUGGACGAGGAGAGCCGUUACAUUAUAGAUGUCACGAAUAAAGCCGUCACCAUGCUUCUUUGAUGUUAUGUCACUUUUUACAAAUGCAAACCUACUCGUUAUGGAUAUGAUAAGAGGAUCUGCCAUAAUCGUAACUGUUAAAUCACCUCCGCUGUCUUCAAACGUCCGCUCCUUCGGUGCUGUCUGGUAGCAUCCAUCAUGCCGGCUUCAAUCUUAUUGGAUGAGAUAAGAAGAGCCGUUUCUUGCCUACUGACUCAAUCCUAUUGGACGAGGGACGAGGAUGCGUUACACUAUUUCAAUAAUAUGUCACAAGUGUUAUCGUCCUUCUCCUCGUGUUGUUUCGCACACUUCCGACACAUUCAUACGUUACCACUCUUUCUAGCUCGUUGGUGCUGUACUAGCUUCAAUCUUAUUGGAUGGAAUGACAAAAGCCGUUGCUUGUCUACCGACUUCAAUUCUAUUGAACGAGGGAAGAUGAUAUUAUACUUCAUUUCGAUGAUAUGUUACACAUGUUAUCGUACUUUUUCUAGCGUUGUUUCGCCCGCUUCCUACACAUACAUACGUUAUCAAUAUGUUUUUUGACUUUGGACAAGGAGGUCGUGUUGGGUUGAUUUAUGUUAUUUCCAAUUAAUAGUAUAAAAAUUCCUACUAGAUUGUUGUGUAUAUAAUUUUCUUUAUAACAUUGAAUGAAAGGAAGUCAUUGAUGAGGGUUUUUUUUAUGGGUGAUUGAUGAGGUUUUGAUGUGCAAUGAAAAACACAUAUGGCUAUGGUCUCAUUGAUGAGGUUUUCUUUAUAACAUUGAUGAGGUUCUUUAAUAGCAAUGCAGAAAAAUCCUACGAAAUCCGCAUGAGCUCUCUAGAAAAAACCGUUUCAACUCUGGCGUGGUGCCGGUGCCUAACUUCUGGAACGGCAGAAAUUUUCCUCAUUUGCCCCUCCUGGUCUCCACAAAUUGAACUCUGCAUCCAUCGAGCGGAGUCCCCCCAGACCCGGACGGACGCCACAAGAGGAGAGGAGAGGAUAGCAGGCCGGAGAGGAGCCGGCGGUGAGAGCGCAACCCGGCUCCAAUGGAGGCGCAAGUGGCGGCUCCGCACCACCACCACCACCAGCAGAAGGCGACCAACCUGGCGCGCACCUUCACCAAGCUGCUGCGCCGGAAGCGCGCCGACGACGCGGCCCAGGGCGCGCCCGAGGCGCCGGCGACCGUGGCCGGUGGCGACUUCGAGGAGGAGCGCGCGGAGCCGCCCGUCGUCCCGUCCCUCAGCAAGCUCAAGCUGUCCGGGAACCUCGCCGCGGCCUACUCCUUCGACGCCUUCUUCCGCAACGCGGCCGAGAAGAAGGCCGCGGCGGCGGGAGGGGGAGGGGUGCGGCCGCUGCCGGGGGAGGUGACGCCCGAGGCCGCCGCGGAUUCCCUCCUCGCGACCCUCUUCGCGGGGGUCUCGGCCGUGAAGGCGGCGUACGCGCAGCUGCAGCUCGCGCAGUUCCCCUACGACGCGGAGGCGAUCCAGUCCGCGGACGCCGCCGCCGUCGCCGAGCUGACCAGGCUGUCCGACACCAAGCGCAGGUACCUCAGGGACCCCGCCGCCGCGGCCCGGGGCGCCGCGGCCGCGGGCCACACUGCCCUCGCCGCGCACGCCGAGGAGCAGCGCCACCUCCUCAAGACGUACCAGAUCACGGCGCGGAAGCUCGAGUCGGAGGUCCGCGCCAAGGACGCCGAGGCCGAGCGCGUCAGGAGCGCCCUCACAGCCGAGCUCCGCGCCGAGCGCGCCCUGGAGGCGCGGCUCCACCCGGGCCGGACCCUCGCGUCGCUCGACGACCUCCACCUCUCCGGCCUCAACCCGACGCACUUCCUCACCGCGCUCCGCCACACCGUCAAGUCGAUCCGGUCCUUCUCCAAGUCGAUGCUCAACUCGAUGCAGUCCGCCGGGUGGGAUCUCGCCGCGGCCGCCGCCGCCGUGCACCCGGGCGUCCCGCUGCGCCGCGCCGGCGACACCAAGUUCGUCUUCGAAUCCUACGUCGCCAUGAAGAUGUUCGCCAAUUUCCACCGGCGCGACUUCAACUUCAGCUUCCUCGACGAGCGGGAGUUCUACGACCGGCGGCGGUUCUUCGAGGAGUUCUCGGAGCUCAAGGCGGAGCCGGCGAGCGCCUUCCUGGACGUGAGGAACCCGCGGUGGGGAGGGUUCGGCAAGUUCCUGCGCGCCAAGUACCUGUCGCUGGUGCACGCGCGGAUGGAGACGGCCUUCUUCGGCCGCCUCGAGCAGCGCGGCAUCGUCAGCGCCGGGCCCGGCUUCCCGGAGAGCUCGUGGUUCGCGGAGUUCGCCGAGAUGGCCCGCCGCGUAUGGCUGCUGCACUGCCUCUUCUUCGCGUUCGACGGCGGCGCCGAGGAGGACGGCGCGUCCAUCUUCCAGGUCCGCACGGGGGCGCGGUUCUCGGAGGUGUACAUGGAGAGCGUCAGCGACGGGCGCGCCGACGACUCCGCAGCCGCGGCCGCCGAGGAGCGCGUGGUCGGGUUCACCGUGCUGCCGGGGUUCAGGGUCGGCCGGACGCUGAUCCAAUGCCGGGUGUACCUGUCCCGGCCGGCGCGGCGUCCGUGAUGGGUCAUGGUCGUGGCGGGGGGGAAAAAGGCCGUGCUUGCUUCCGGCGCCCCGGCGGAUGAUGGGGGAAGAAUGCCCAUUUUGGGUCGGCCGUCGAGGUCUCCCGCCGGCAGCCAACUGGGGUGGUGGCGACGAUGAUGACGGGUGGUUAUGUAAAUCUUAUCAGGGCAUGUAGUAGCAAUGUAAUCGUAAUAUAAAUGGCAUUUGGAGUUCGAGAUGAUGGAUCAGCAUUGCCGCCA